AGUACAUAUGUCACAAGUGGCCAGACACUACAGCAGCUACUAACUGCCAGUACUGGAGGAGUACCUACUGAUGGAAUGGAGACAGAAACAGAGCAGUUCCAACAAGCUUUUCUACUUUAUCUAGGAAACAACAUGGCUGAAGCGGUUGAUUUAUGCUCCCAGCUGUUUCCAGUUAGUUCGUUUGCAGGUGGUGUUAAUACGCCUGGUGAUGUAUGCUCAAUUAGACUCAGUGAGAUGAUUCUUAAUGAUGUACCAGCCUCUGAUCCAAGAUGGAACAAGACAGAUACUCUUGGUUCAUAUUCACUAAUAAUACUUAAUCAGCUCCAAGAUAAGCAGAAAGCUCACCGCAAACUUAUUCAAUUCCUUAUUGACAUGGAGCUACUUAAUCUUUUGACUUGUGUCACUCUCAGAGGGUCGGUGUUGCUAACUCGUAAUGUUUUGUGUGAGAAUUCAGAGAAGAUUGCAGCCAGUAUUGCAUUGAGGGAAAACCAGAAUAAAGAUGUUGAAGAAGCUGCUAAGAUUGUUGUUCAAAAGCGCUCCCCAUUAUCACAAAUACGUCCAGGACUAACCACACAAGAUGUAUUCUAUAGCCAAGUUUCACUGAUUGAUGAGAUAUUUCCCCCACUGAUACAAGCAUGCGAGUCUUUCAGUGCUGAUGGAGAUAUGGUUGGUGUCACUAGAAUAGCAUUCACUAUAAAAUCCAUGUUAAGUAGUGCUAUACAGUAUCGUAUAAGCCAUGUUGAUUUAUAUACUAGCAGUAGGCCAAUUCGAAGGGUCUAUCAUACUGAAUUUAUACCAUGGACUGCUUGUGAAGAGAUGUUGGGUCUAUUGAGAAGGCUUCUUAGUUCAAUGCUGGAUCAAUGGGCCACUUGUGAUGAUCAGCCAAUCAGUGAUAUUGAUCAGGAAUCAUUCUGGUCGGUCUAUUCUGAUCUCGCAUCAAUUCUGUUCACCGGAUCAUCUGAUCUCUAUGACUCUAUCAAAGACCAUAAAGAUAAUGAGCAUAGAGUGUUAGAGGUUCAAAAUUCAUUGAGUAAAGACAAAGAUCACUUCAUUCUUUUAGCUUUGAAUCUAGGUAGGGUUGGCAUGGCUCUACAGUUGGCAGAGGAGUGGUCGCACUUUCCCACAAUACUGCAAGUAUUUGAGGAACAAGGGGACACAGAACUGCUCAGGAAUUACCUGGAAGUUUUUAAAGAUAAAGGUUUCGAUGAGUUUAUCUUCCAUUAUUAUAUUGAUAAUAAGAACAUCAAGCAGUUGAUAGAGCUCACUAACUUGUUCCCAGAGUCACUGAGCAAGUUCCUUAAUGAGUAUCCAGAGCUUCAGUGGCUUCACCUAAUAGCCACUGACAAGUAUAAUGAAGCAUCAGAGUCACUGAGAAGAGUAUCGGAUAAUGAGGACACUUUCUUAUCACGAAAGAAGACUGCACUGAGUCUUAGUAAGCUAGCACUGCUUGCUGCUGGGGGCCACUCAUCAGCAAAGACUGUUGGUGAGUUGGAGGAGAUCAACUGUGAGUUGCAAAGGAUUGAAUAUGCUGAGAAACUACCAGAAAAUUCACUAAAGAAAAUAGGUGUGAAGGAUAUUAAUGAUUUGCCUCCAUUGCCUCCUGAAGAUGUCAUUAAAUUGUUUCUUGAGGGAGAGGACAAUCAGCUAAUGUACACAAUGUUUGCGCUUAAUUAUCUACUACUUGCUUAUCCUGAAUCAGAGAGUGAAGAGAGAAGACAGUUACAAGUAUUGAUCUGGAGUCACGUGUUACUACAAACAAAUUGGUCUGAGUUCAAUACUAGUGGAGACAUAAUGGAGGAACUCCAGGAAUCACUCAUGUUUAAGCUGAUGAAUGAAUGCCAUCAUAAUUUUGCUGAUGUUAAGCAGUUGUUGCCUGCAAUUGAAGACUUGCUCUCAUCUCAGUUGUUGGUUGAUAAAGGAUUGGAUAGUUCUGCUAUAUUGAUCUAUUGUGUCAAGUUGUGCUAUGAAAGAGUCACUGAACUCCAGCGUUAAUUCUUUUGAUAAUAAUGAAUAAAAUAAUCAUGAAUAGUAUUUUUGGCUGAGUUAUUUCCA